AUGCCAUCCCGCGACCCGCGUCAACGCAGCGCAACCACCACGGCCGCAUCCACUGGCGCCCAAGUUGACUCGCGUACCCCCCCUGGGCGGCCUCAUGUGAGCUACGAUCUCGCCAGCGAGGCCGAUACCGCCGCAUCACGGCUCUCCCCGCCCGUCAUCCCACAGCACUCGCGCUCUGAUACAGAGGUUCCACCACUCUCCCGCAACGUGCGCCCGCAGCGCUCGCACAGCGCUGCGAGUGCAAACCAGCCCGGAAUUGGUGCCUCUGGCAUGAAGCGGCGCGGCAGUAGGGCGCCAACGUUUCGCACCUUUGAUGGCGGCGAGGAUGAGUUCGAAAUGCCCUUCAGCGGCACCGCCGAGGGUUGGCAUCCUGGCGCGGAGCCAGGUUAUGAUCCCCAGCUGCCCGAUGGCGGGCAUGCUUCGGUGCCUCAGUUGAGCGCAGCCUGCGAGAUCACCGUCGUCGACUUCGCCCUGGACCACAUGCAGCAGUGGCACUUUGCAAACGACGCCUUCAUCGAAUUUCUGGCAAAGCCUAAAGAGGACUGGGCCAAGUGCCGCUGGAUCAACAUCAACGGCCUAAGCUGGGAUGUGAUACAGGCCGUCGGCUCGACAAAGGGUCUACAUAAACUCGCCAUUGAAGACAUUAUGAAUCUGCGCAACCGAACCAAGGUUGAUUGGUACCCUAAUCAUGCAUUCAUCAUCAUGACGCUGCAAAAGCUCGUCCAUAUCGUCGACUCCGACACGAGUAGCAUUAGCUCUGCUAGCAGCUCGUCCUCUCGCAAAACCAUGGCCACUGUCCGUCAAUUCUUCAGCGGCGACGGUGGCCGUAAUAACAAUGCCGAUCCGGAAAAGACACACGGCAAGGAUGCUGCGCCGCCGUUUGUGGACUUGCCAGAGACGAAUAUGCUACGCAGCUUGCAACGCUAUCAGGCCAGCGGCAACGAGGCUCGCACCCUAUUCAUGGAGGCGCAUUCGUCCCUUGCCCCAUACAACUUGGCCAUUUCCGCCGAGCAGGUGUCCAUCUUCCUGACCGCCGACAACACCGUCAUAUCCUUCUUCGAAGCCUCGGCCAGCGACGUGGAGCACCCAAUCGUCAAGCGCCUCAGCACCCCGGGCACCAGCCUGCGCGACUCGUGCGACGCAUCCCUUCUCGUGCAGGGCAUCAUCGACGCCAUAAUUGACCUCGCCAUACCGCUGACGGCGGUGUACACGGACAUCCUCGGCGACCUGGAGCUCGACGUCAUAUCUUCGCCGAGCAUCAAGCAGAGCAAGCGCCUAUACAUCUGCAUCAGCGAGAUCAACAAGAUGCUGCGCUUCCUGCUGCCGAUCGACAACCUGGUCAACGUGCUCCGCGACCACCGCACGCUUAUGACGCAGGAGCAGGCGGCGCGCGAGCUCACCAACCCUUCCACUGGCGUGCUGGUGACUCCGAUGACGCACACCUAUCUCGGCGAUGUGCUGGAUCACUGUAUAAUCAUCACAGAGUCGCUGCAGCAGUUGAAGCAGUCGUCGGAGAACCUGAUAAAUCUCAUCUUCAACACGAUCACGGCGAACCAGAACGAGUCCAUGAAGCAACUAACGACCGUCACCAUCAUCUUCCUGCCCUUGACGUUUAUCACCGGAUUCUUCGGCCAGAACUUUCAAGACUUCCCCGAAAUUAAGAAGGGAAUUUGGUAUUUCUGGGCCUGUGCCGUACCGACGGUGGUUGCCACGAUCAUGAUACUCAUGCGCGACAUGAUUUACAAUUGGGGUGUAAGUGUAGUUCAACGCAAGCGGAUCACGUCCAUUCGGAAGAAGCGGCGGCGGCGGCGGGCUACCUUCUCGAAGUGA